CUGUCAUCCGUGUGUCAAUCGUAGCAACGUUUUCUCGAGGAUGUCCGCGGCGGAGAUUAUCAGGACCGGAGAGCCGCGGUUUUCCCGCUGUCUUGACACCGACACCGUCCCGGGAUCGUCGUGCGGCCGCGUGAAUUGCUCGUCGACGGACAGCGGUUACGUCACACCGAUUCCGCGGCACGGCGUGUUAUCCGCGAUUCCUCGCGACGUCUGUUUUACCGUGCGAUCGUGUUCACGGGCGCGAGCAGAGAGAGCGUGCUCCUGCAAACGGCGGUGCUUGUAGAGCGGAGCGAGCCUUUCGGUGCUCCCUCGGAUGUUCUCGACGAGAUAUCGACACGAAAGCAUGCUUGUCUCCGGUUGUUUACCUCGUCGCGAGCUACGCAGGGACUAGAGGCUGCACGGUCGACGGGCUGUGCGCGGAACAACCUCGGGAUUCGGGUGUGCUGUGCGGUAACAGAACAGGCGGACGGACCGCUGCCCGUCGAGCUGCUGUGGUGCCGGAGGCUGACGCCGAGCCGAGACGAUUUAAGAGAGGCUGGAAACACCGUGGAAGCUGGGGCCUUGGCCAGUGCGUGUUGUCGAGUCCAUCCGCGAGCGGCAGGAGCCGCAGGACCUCGUCGGAGAUGCGGCCCUCGUCCACCAGCGACCCGGAUAGACUGACCGGGAUUAUGCCGAGGGGGGAUUAGGUGAUGCGCCUGGCUAUCAGGAACGAGACGCGAGGCCUGCAACUUGAUCCUGUUGGGUGAACGCCGGCCGGACUUUGAUUUUCCGAGGCAUCGGCGGCGGCAGUUCUAAGGGAACGGUCCCAGGGGACAAGCGGGAAAAUACAGUCGCCGAGCCGGGAAUCCGAAAAGCAACAGCGACGACGACGAGGGCGGCGGCCUACACGGAGCGCCUCGUCCUGUACGGCGCUCUUCAAACUCCGAUAGCAAGGAGUUAUGGUGUCUCGCACAUGCGAUGACUGCGGCUGCAGCCGUGGCACUGUGGCAUCGUGCCCACCUUUACAAGGCGAUCGUUUGCGUCGUCCUCGCUCUGAUCGCCAUUCAGUAUUUACUUAGCGGCGUGAUCGAUCGCCGUUCCAUAGAGACGAUUUUCACCAUAAACGCUACCAGGUACGCCGACCGCGGCUACAGGCAUCACUCUCGUGGUCUGAUCAUUUACGGGCCCGUGACCGUGCCGAGCCUGAUACUGGCCAGUCUGAAUGCCACCGCGACCAGCCUGCAAUGGGCCGGCACCCGGGGCAACUCGAAUUUCUCCAAAUUGGAGGCCGCUCAGUCCACUCGAAACGCGUAUCUGCUGUCCGGCACGCAGGAGUUCUCGGUGUCGAACUCGACGAACGGCACCACGAUGCAACAGUGUCCCCUCGUCUCUCCGAAUCUCGUUGGACCGUUGGCCGUCGGCAAAUCACCGCCGGAGCUCUCGGUGAUGGAGAAGGACAAGGCUUUCGCGGACGUGAAGCCCGGCGGCAGAGGAUACCCGGUGGAGUGUGUCGCUAGACACCGGGUCGCAAUCGUGAUACCGUUCCGGGAUCGACCGCAACAUCUGCAAGCGUUGCUCUACAACCUUCAUCCGAUGUUGCUCCGCCAACAGAUCGACUACCAGAUAUUCAUUGUCGAGCAGAAAGGCAGCGACGCCUUCAACCGCGCGAUGCUGAUGAACGUCGGCUACGUGGAAGCUUUGAAGGAGCGACCUUUCGACUGCUUCAUUUUUCACGACGUCGACCUACUUCCGGAGGACGAUAGGAAUCUAUAUACCUGCCCCGAGCAGCCCAGGCACAUGUCGGUGGCAGUUGACAAGUUCAAAUACAGAUUGCCGUACGCCGAUCUGUUCGGCGGCGUGUCAGCGAUGUCGCGCGAGCACUUCCGGCUGGUCAACGGAUUCAGCAACGUGUUCUGGGGCUGGGGCGGCGAAGACGACGACAUGGCCAAUCGAAUAAAGGCCCAUGGUCUCCAUAUCUCUCGGUACCCGGCGAACGUCGCACGCUACAAGAUGCUCACGCACAAAAAGGAGAAGGCGAAUCCAAAGAGGUACGAGUACCUGAAGACGGGCAAGAAGCGAUUCGCCACGGACGGACUGAGCAACCUGCAGUACGAGCUGGUGGACAAGCAGAAACCGAAGCUGUACACGUGGCUCCUGGUGAAACUAACGCCCCCGCAGCCCAGCUGAUGGCUCCCGUGGAUCGGGUAGCGGACGAGACCCGAGCAAGACGACGCUCCUGCGACGCGAUCCGCUCCCGGUUCCUAAGGAUCAACCCGCGGCGACCAGGCCGCGCGGCUCAUCGAUCGAAAUCUGUGCAAACGACCGAUCGAAACGACUUUCCUUUCCUUUGUCGCUGCGAUCGGAACCGCCCCGAGGCGGUGACGAUCGAGCCUGUACUCGGUACGAACGUGUCCCGACCCGAUGGACCGGGUCGCGACCGGUAACGUUGACGUUGGAACCGCUUGUUAACAUCCUCCGGCGAGUUUGCUCCUCCCGGGAGCGGUCCGAGUCGGUGGCUCGGCCGCGAACGAGUGUGGGGGAGGGGCGUUGUUACGUGAUAUAUUUUUAUUCCUCGUAUUUUUUUAUCGCAACGAUAGGCUUAGACACAGCGAGUAGAAUUUAGCGUGCGAGCGGAGCUAACGUGCCAAAGGGGAGCGUGCGUGUCGCGCGCGAGUUUCGAUAGUGAACGGGACGAGCGUGUCGAGCGGACAGGGAGAAUACGCUCGGUCAUUCUUUCUGGCAAAUCCAACUACUAACGGUAUAUAUUACAUCGUACGUAUAGGUAUACAUAUACAGGUACAUGUACACAGGCGCAUAUACAUAGAGAGGUGCGCGCACCCGAGGCAAGCGGACACCAGCGAUUCGUGCAGGUCGGAGAAGCUUUCGGCGAUUGUAGAUGCGCGGGAUCCUGGCGCGAGGACCGUUCUCGAUCCUCGUCCACUAUGUAACGCGCGUAUCCUGUUACGGUAACGACGGUGCAAUUAGUAUAAUCAAUCGAUUCGAGGCGAGAUCCUCCGGUUUCAUUCAGUCCUAGCGCGCAGAGGAUUACGCUGAAUUCUCCCUAAUUUUUCUUCAGCUUUUAAACAAGAAUAGAAGAUUAUUUCAGAAAGAGGAGAGCCUCGCGACUUAUUUUUAUGGUUGCGGAUCGUCGACAAUUGUAAAAACGUGGCGCAAGACUCGAAUAAUCUCAACUCCGCUUCCCAAAUCGUCUAUUUUUAUUUACAAACAGAAGGAAAAUUAGGCAGAAUUUACUGUAACACCAGAAUCGGUUGCGACGCGACCUCAACGUGACCUCAAUGUGACCUCCUCAAAUUGCGGCCGGGAACGCGGUUCCACGGCUGAAGCAGACUGCAGAGUAAUUUGGGAUAAGCUCGCGGUUACGUCGCGGACGACGAUCGAGUCAGCCUCGAGUUCGAGCUGUUGCUCGGAACGGUUCGGUGGCAGAGUCAUGGUUGUCGGGUCGCAGAAAUCGCGGCGUCCGGUCCGGCGAGCGGAGCCUAGAGUCAUUCUAAUAGAUUAGGGUAGAUCGACGAUAGUUCGCGUCGACGUCUCGAGUCGGAGGGGGUGGGAUGCUUAUUUUUUUAAAAUUCCUAUACGACCGGCGACGGCCGUGCAGAAUGGAGACGGUACUUAAGCAUGUUACGCGACCCGUUCGACGUUGGAACCCUGCGUACUCGAGAACUCUCGUUGUUACUAUUUUAUACGUACGUGCACGUCCUCGAGGAUCGUGCACACAAGUUAUAUAUACGUUACAGACACGACACAAUUGUGCCCGCCGGGGCUUCUGCUAUUCCUCGGAUCCGCGGAUAGGAUCGCUCGAUGCAGAUCCGAAUGGACAUUCUCUGUCGCAAUGGCGUUGCGGCGAGCUACCUAGAGAACAGUGAUUUUUCGGAAUUUGUUUUCCCAGAAACUGUGAGACGAGAUACUAAAAAGUUCCGAGAUAGAAUAUGUCUUUUAAUAUGUCUCUGUGGAAUGUGUCACUUUAAGAACGAAAACAGUUUUUGGGCGAGGUCUGACAGUUCUUGGGAGGAAAACAUUCUUGGAAUUGCUUAUCGCGUCUCCGGCGACGAGCACGAUCGUUUUAGCAUUUGUAAAAUUUCCUACGGUAGAAUCGAACCCUUGCACGCUUGCCGGGGCACGUAUAAAUUCGCGGGAACCUCGGAUCCAGGCAGGAGGGUAGUAAAAGCUUCGGUGCACAGACACCUUGCGAGCAGCUCCGAAACUAAAAUUCGGAGGCUUGUGGCUCGCGGAAGCGUCUAAGGUUGGAACACGUACGCGCGUGCAUUCACAAGAACACACAGACAUACAUACACGCAUACACAGAGGAAAAGAGAGAGAAACACAUAGACACGACAUAUCACGCGUAAAUUAUCUGUGAGCGUUGCGAUCGUUUGGAUUUAAUUACUUAAAUCGUUAAGGGUGAGAGUACGGGCUGUGAAACUAAAUGCACUUUGUUUGCGGCGACACGAGCCUCGCGGUAUCGAUAAAAAAACGCGAGCGCCAGAGCGAGCGCGCCAUAGUGCGAGCACAAUAAGGUUAGACCAAUUUCCUACGGGGCGAGGGAUCGUCCGAUUAGGCGAGCGAUUAUACCUCUAGGUCCCGGAGAAUCUCGAGACGACGGGAGGGAGCGGUUUUCGUCCUGUCGUCGGAUGUCGAGCCAAGCGAUUUCAACUUACCUACUUUAACGAUAAUCUACCAUGUACUAUCGCUAUCGAAUAAUCGAUAAUAUCCAUAGAUAGUCGUGAUAAGUCAGCGGAACAUUCGGGGAGGAUAAUCGAACCUCAGACGACGCUCGUCGUUCGAGUCGCCGCCGCGCUUGCUGAACGACGCUCCGACAAGGCGACCGUCGGACGGCGACGGAAAAGCAACAGUUAUUUUUUCGAUGGAAUCUUUUUUUAGUUGGACUCGACCGUCGCGUCCGUUACGCUCGAUCGGCCGACGCGGCCGUCGCCGGAAACGGAAACGGACGGCGCCCUUCGAUGCGGAGAACGCAUCCGAUGGAUGAACCGACGGAAUCUCGACGGCUUCGCGUUUCCAAGGGGACGACGGCCCGUCGACGCGGUGCGGUCGAUACGAACCCGAAACGCGAAGCGACGUACAACCGUGAACACAGAGGUCCGAGGAGACGGAUAUAUCCCCACGUACGGAUAAUACGCGAUAUCCUCUGAACCACGCUGGAAAAUUACAAUUUUUCACAAGCUACACUCGUGUUGUAUCGAAACAAUAAAUCUUGUUAACGCUUA